AUGGAUUAAUUGAUUGAAGAAAGAUUUAGAAUUCUAGAUCUGCUAGAAAAAGGAGGGUUUGGAGUUGUUUAUAGGGGAGUUGACAUUUAAACUUAACAAAUAGUUGCAAUAAAAAUUAAUACUUAAGAGGGCGUGAACAGCAAUGAAAGCAAUAUUAUGAGAGAGAUAGAAUAUAAAAAUCUCAAAGUUAUGUAAAUGCUUGAGAAAAGCUUGAAAGAUGUUAUUAAAGGUAGGAGAAAUGUGUUUUCAACUAAGACUGUUUGUCAAAUUGGAAUAUAGAUAGUAAAUCAUUGCCAUUGUAAAGUUAAUUUCCUAUAGCUUAAUAGACUUAAGGAUCUGCACGAAUUAGGGUAUCUCCAUCUUGAUAUAAAGCCAGAUAAUAUAUUAAUCCAAACAGAAAAAGUAUCAAAUAAAAAUUCGACUAAGUCUAUGCUCUACUUGAUAGAUUUCGGAAUUUCAUAAACUUAUCUAGACAAAGAUGGACUUAAUCACAAAUAAAUGAAAACCAAUGAGUAGUUUAACGGCAACCUGAUUUUUUCACAAAGCAGGAGAGAUGACAUAAUUUCAUUGGGAUAUCUUUUACUUUUCCUCUUCAAUGGGUAAGUUCCUUGGGUUAAAAAGAGCAAUGUACCAUUGAAAAAUCAGUAUAAUAGUAUUUUUAAAUUUAAGACUAAAAUGAAACCAGAAGAGAUAUGUAGAGAACGUGCAUGUAAAAAAAAUUAAUAUCAUAAUUCUGAAUUAGCGGUUUUAUUACCAUUCAUGAUUUAUGCUGAUCGUCUAAACUACGAUGAAAAACCUGAUUAUGGCUAUCUAAAACACAUUAUGCUUAAAAUUUUGUUAGAUAAAGAUCUAAUACCAGAUUAAAUCUAUGACUGGGACAUUUUGAAUGUAAUAAUAUUCAUUUAGUUCAUACUUUAUGCAGAAAGAUAGCAACAUUUAGUUUAAUGCGGAUGGAUAAUGCAUGAACUAUCAUGUCACAAAUAUUUCUUCGACGCAUAUUUCGCCAAUAUAAACACCGAUAUAUUUUCCAGAAGCCAAUAAAUACAAAAAGAUUAAUUGAAUUAUCAGGAGGAGAAUACGUCUUUAAUUAACAAUUAAAUCAUUUUUAGAGCUUCAGAUUAAGGAUAUAGAUAUGAUGCCUGUCCUUUAACUAACAAGCACAAUGCCUCAAAUGAUACUAGGGAGAAAUCUAACCAAAACUGGCCAUCACUAGUGAUUAAUUAAGAGGCAAUAAAGAGGGCCUAUUAAAGCAAAUCACCUAUGCGUAUAGAAAUCUAAGGAAAACUGCUUACACCUGAUAGCAUACUAACCAUUCAUAAGCAUGCUAAAAAGGAAUCUUUUAUUCAGCGUGAGGAUAAAAAUUCUAUGAACUCUAGGUACUUUGAAUCUUAUGUAGAGAGCUUAAAUUACUAAAAUGCGAAAUUUGAAAGACAAUAUGAAUCUUCUAAGAGCUCAGGUAAUUCUCUUUACAAAGCAUUUCAGAGAAGAGGCUCCCCAAAUUACAAAUAAGAUUCAAUAAAUAUUCCAUUUGAAGAAGUGAAAGAACAUUUAAUUUCAGAGCAAGAAGCUCAUGUAGAUAACUCUUUUCACUAAGCAAAAAGUAGAGGAGACUUAAUUAUCGAAGUAAAUAAUUUCAAAGAGAAGACAAAAAAGAGCUAGACUUUAGAAUUGCCUAAGUAGAACGAUAGUUAUAGAGCGAGGAGGAUAUCUUAAUUUAAACGUUUAAAUAAUCAAGAUGACUCAAGAUCUGAUUAGAGUGAUGAGUCAGAUUGA